AUGAAGUGGCUGGGAGAAUCCAAGAACAUGGUGGUGAAUGGCAGGAGAAGUGGAAGCAAGUCUUCUAAUGACCAUGCACAGAAUCAGACCAAAUUGCCACAUGCAGGAAAGGAAAAUCCGAAGACGGGCAAAAAUGGGGUUGAAAGAAGAUCAAGCAGAUGUAGCAGUGCUUCAGGAUUUGAGGGUCAGAGUCGCUAUGUGCCUUCCUCUGGAAUGUCUGCGAAGGAACUGUGUGAAAACGAUGACCUAGCAACUAGUUUGGUUCUUGAUCCCUAUUUAGGUUUUCAGACACACAAAAUGAAUACUAGAUUUCGACCUAUUAAAGGAAGGCAAGAAGAACUCAAAGAGGUGAUUGAACGUUUCAAGAAAGAUGAGCACUUAGAAAAAGCCUUCAAGUCCUUGACGUCAGGUGACUGGGCCCGGCACUAUUUUCUUAACAAGAACAAAAUGCAGGAAAGGUUGUUCAAGGAACAUGUAUUUAUUUAUUUACGAAUGUUUGCAACUGACAGUGGGUUUGAGAUCCUGCCUUGUAAUCGGUAUUCUUCUGAGCAAAAUGGAGCCAAAAUCGUUGCAACGAAGGAAUGGAAACGAAAUGAUAAAAUAGAAUUACUUGUGGGCUGUAUUGCUGAACUGUCAGAAAUGGAAGAAAACAUGCUGCUGAGACAUGGGGAGAAUGACUUCAGUGUCAUGUAUUCCACACGGAAAAACUGUGCACAGCUGUGGCUUGGUCCUGCUGCAUUUAUUAACCACGAUUGCAGACCUAACUGUAAGUUUGUAUCAACGGGCAGAGAUACAGCAUGUGUGAAAGCUCUGAGAGAUAUUGAACCUGGCGAAGAAAUCUCUUGUUACUAUGGAGAUGGGUUUUUUGGAGAAAAUAACGAAUACUGCGAAUGCUACACCUGUGAAAGACGUGGAACUGGUGCUUUUAAAUCAAGAGUGGGAUUACCAGCACCUACUCCUGUGAUUAAUAGUAAAUAUGGACUGAGAGAAACAGAUAAACGAUUGAACAGACUUAAAAAGUUGGGUGACAGCAGCAAAAACUCCGACAGCCAAUCCGUCAGCUCUAACACUGAUGCAGAUACCACUCAGGAAAAAGCUAAUGCAACAUCUAACAGAAAAUCUUCAAUUGGCGUAAAAAAGAACAGCAAAAACAGAACAUUAACAAGACAGUCAAUAUCGAGAAUUCCAGCAUCAUCGAAUUCUACCUCAUCUAAGCUAACUCAUAUAAAUAAUUCCAGGGUACCAAAGAGACUGAAAAAGCCUGUAAAGCCUUUACUUUCGAAGAUCAAGUUAAGAAACCAGUGCAAAAGGCCAGAGCAGAAGAACGCUUCUAGAAAGCUUGAAAUGGGAAAUUUAGUUCUCAAAGAGCCUAAAGUAGUUUUAUACAAAAACUUGCCCAUUAAAAAGGAUAAAGAAUUGGAGGGACCAGUCAAAGUUGCAGUCUCUAGCGGGUGCUUAACAAGGCAUGCAGCAAGAGAACAUCAACUGAACUCGGUGAAAGGUGCUCACGAGCAGGGUGAUGUACCGCCCUGCACGUACAUAACAAGGAGGUCAGUGAGAACAAGGAUGAAUUUGAAGGAGACCUCUGACAUAAAGCUUGAACCAAAUAUGUUGGAUAGCUGUAAGGAUAAUUUGACCGGAACGCGAUCGGACGUUUUAGAGCAGGAGUCUCAUCCAGUAAACGACAACGGCGUCGCUUACGGACCAUCCCAUAAAGGGGAGAUUCGGUGCCAGAAAAAUGACGCGGGCAUGUCAAAAAAGAAAUCUCGGCAAGGGAAACUUGUGAAACCGUCUGCAAAAAUAGAAGAAACUGAUACUACUGCACACAACACACCCGUGAAAGAUGAAAUACCGGAUUUGAUUCGUUCUCAUUCAGAACCCGGAGAGAGGAACAACGGGGUGGACACACCGGUUGGUUAUAAAGACUGCAUCCCCGGGUCUGGUGGCUGCUCUCUUGUAACAGCUGACAGUUGUAAAGCAAAAGACAGCUUUAGAACUGCAAAAAGUAAAAAGAAAAGGCGAAUCACAAGGUAUGAUGCACAACUUAUCCUCGAAAAUAGCUCUGGGAUCCCUAAACUGACUCUUCGUAGGCGCCAUGAUAGCAGUAGCAAGGCAAACGACCAAGAAAGCGAUGGAAUGAAUUCUUCAAAAAUAAGCAUCAAAUUAAGUAAAGACCAUGAAAAAGAUAAUAAUUUAUAUGUAGCAAAGCUAAAUAACGGAUUUAACUCAGGAUCAGGCAAUAGUUCAACAAAAUUAAAAAUCCAGCUAAAACGAGAGGAGGAAAACAGAGGGACGUACCCCGAGGACCUGCAUGAAAACGGUGUGUGUUGUAGUGAAACUCUCUCCCUUUUAGAGUCCCGAAUGGAAGUAGAUGAUUACGGUCACUAUGAAGAGGAAACAGCAGAUGAAUCUUCAUCAGAAGAGGAUGAUGAGGAGGAAGAUGACUACGAUGACGAGUUUGAUGACUUUAUUCCUCUUCCUCCGGCAAAGAGAUUAAGGCUUAUUGUCGGCAAGGAUUCAAUAGAUAUUGAUAUUUCUUCCAGGAGGAGAGAUGAUCAGUCUUUACGACUCAAUGCAUAAACUUACAGGUCUUAAACUGAGCUGGAUGUCGUUUAAAACAAACAAAA